ACCAAGUAUAAAACGUUCGCGGGGAGUACAACUGCAUCAGUCAAUAUUCCGAAGCCAACAGCAUCCAAGUAAAUCAACAUGAUCGCUUACACAACAGUGAUUCUCAUGCUAACCGCGCUCGCGGCCGGACGUCCCUCGGACGGCUGGGAGACAGAAGGCCAGACGCACUCGGAGCACACAAAACCGUACCACGUGACAGUGGUAAAGAAGAUCGGCGUCCCCAUACCCCACCCGGUGGCGGUGUCUGUCCCACAGUAUGUGAAGGUGCCGAUACCUCAACCCUACCCUGUGCAUGUUACUGUGGAACAACCGAUUCAUGUGCCGGUUUAUAAGGUCGUACCACAAAUCAUAGAAAAACCGGUACCGUACACGGUAGAAAAGCCCGUGCCCUAUGAAGUCGAGAAGCCCUACCCGGUGGAGGUUGAGAAGAAGGUCGAAGUACCGAUCCCUAAGCCCUACCCCGUCCACGUACCAGUGUACAAACACAUCUACCACCACAAGGGAAAGCACUAAACCCGUUUGAUGCUCUAGAAUUUUAGAUAUAUAGUACAAAAAUUAAUGUCUAUGAUUAGUCUGUUCUAAAACAAAUAGUUCAAUUUGUGGAGAUAGUGAUAUAACUGUCUUCCAAUUGUAUAGAAAGCUAAGUGCGAUCAGCAAGCUUAAAAUUAGUCUCUUCUCUUAUUGGCAUAGCGCACAUAUAUAGUGUAAAUAAUACUGGAGCCAAUUUAACAUUUUUGCAAUUAUUGUCUAUUAAUUUGUUUCGCUUAUUAUUAAAAGCCAUAGAUAUUUUAGGGUACAAACGGUUCGGUCGGCCAAAGCUCGCGCUGUGAGCUCGCCGCUUUCGGUAUUUCCCGGGUGAAACCGGUAGAUACCGG